GGGAGGCAGCGACGAACUACACUUCCCAAUGCUCUUAAGGAACGGAAAUGACGUGAGAGCAGACAGAGUUGGAGGGUUCGGGUAAAAAUGGCUGAAUAUUUAGCUUCAAUAUUCGGGACUGAGAAGGACAAGGUUAACUGCUCUUUUUACUUUAAGAUCGGGGCCUGCCGGCACGGGGACCGGUGCUCCCGGCUUCACAACAAACCGACUUUCAGCCAGACCAUAGUGCUGCUCAACCUGUACCGGAAUCCACAGAACACUGCCCAAACCGCAGACGGAUCGCACUGUCACGUGAGCGACGUGGAGGUUCAAGAACACUAUGAUAACUUCUUCGAGGAGGUGUUCACGGAGCUGCAGGAGAAGUACGGGGAGAUCGAAGAGAUGAACGUUUGCGACAACCUGGGGGACCACCUCGUGGGCAAUGUCUAUGUCAAGUUUCGGCGUGAGGAGGAUGCAGAGCGGGCGGUGGCUGAACUCAAUAACCGCUGGUUCAACGGGCAGGCUGUGCAUGCUGAGCUGUCUCCUGUCACCGACUUCCGGGAGUCAUGCUGCCGGCAGUAUGAGAUGGGGGAAUGUACCCGUGGUGGCUUCUGCAACUUCAUGCACCUGCGGCCCAUCUCCCGGAACCUCCGACGUCAGCUGUAUGGGCGGGGACCCAGACGCAGACUGGCUCUGAGCACCAUCCAAAGACCAGCGCCUGAGUCUCAACCCCCAAACCAGCUGGAACUCCAAAGCCCCAAACCCAAGACCAGUCUGGAUCUCCAAUCUGGAGAUCAGCCCCUGAGAACCUGUCCUGAUACCACUCAGGAACUCUGCUUACCUGCCCCAUCCCAGAGCAGAGAGGCAGACCUGGGGAACUGUGCAGCACUCCUUACAGCUCUAAUCCUCAUCUCUCCACUCCUGUCCCCAGGUCACCCCCGAGGUCCCAUACUGGCCACCGUCCCCGAGAAAGAAACCGACGACGUUCCCCAGACCACCGGCAUGGCCGCUUCUGAGACCCUGGCUCCCUUGACCUCCACCCUUGACAGGCAUAAAUGUUCCUGGCCAGGACCCCUCCUGAAAGCUCCCUUAACCCCCCAGCUCCAUCUUCCCCCAGGCUCCGGGGCUCCAUGCUGUAAUCUGUUCAAAACAGGGACCUUCUCUUACCACCCCUCCCCUAAUAAAGUUCUGUAUUAAGGGUUUAGAACCUGUUAGCUUGA